AUGAAGUACACCGCCGCCCUCCUAACAGCAUGCUCCGCGCUCGCCAGCGGCGCCAGCGUCCUUCCCGGCAAAUUCAACAAGGGAAUAGCCAUUGGUGAAAACGGCAAAGGCGGCCCCUUCGCCGGCGCGACCAACCACCAAAUCGACCUACAAAACCCAAGUGCCCUUGGUGCAACGUCGGACACUGACAGUGGUUUUGUACCAAAUUUGAAAUGGAGUUUCUCGCUUUCAAGAAUGAGAAUGUUCCACGGAGGUUGGAUUCGUGAACAGGUUCUUUCGGAUUUACCGACCAGUCAUGACAUCGCUGGCGCUCAAAUUCACAUGAGCAAGGGUGCUAUCCGACAAAUGCAUUGGCAUAGAGUUGCUGAAUGGGGCUAUGUCUAUGCUGGUCGAAUCUUACUUUCUGCUGUCGAUGAGGAUGGCAAAUUCCAACUGGACUAUUUGGAUGUUGGAGAUAUGUACUAUUUCCCCAAGGGUGUUGCUCACUCUCUUCAAGGUCUUGAUGACGAAAAUGAAGCCUUGCUUUGCUUCGAUGAUGGUGACUUCAGUCGCGUUGGAACAACAUUCCAAAUCAACGAUUGGAUCACGCACACUCCGAAGAGCGUUCUUGCGAAGAACUUUGGCGUUCCACCAAACACAUUUGACACAUCGUUCAACCCCGAACCUGCCCUUGUCAACUCGACUAUUAGCACCAAGAAUGUCACCGGACCCCAUGGCCCCGUCACUGGCAAUAGUUCUUUCGUGUUCCACAGCCGGCCCGAACACCACAUGCAGGUUCCAGGACACGGUGGAACAAUCCAGAUUGUGGACUCUCGCAACUUCCCGAUUUCCAAAACGAUCGCUGCCACUGUCGUCACCUUGAAGCCGGGUGGUCUCCGCGAACUUCACUGGCACCCCACUGCCGAAGAAUGGCUCUACUUCCACCGUGGUACUGCUCGCGCAACUGUGUACAUUGGCGCUGGAAACUCGAGGACGUUUGACUUCCAAGCAGGCGAUGCUGGCGUAUUCCCCGACAAUAGCGGACAUUACAUUGAAAACACGUCGAAGACCGAUGACCUUGUCUAUAUUGAGGUCUACAAGGCCAACCGCGUUGCUGACAUUUCUCUUGGCCAAUGGCUUGCGAUGACUCCAGCUGAUUUGGCCGCCGCGGCGAUCAACGUCCCCAUUAACGUCAUUGAGGGUAUCAAGAAGGACAAACAAUUGAUCAUUCAGACUCCCGCUAAAUAA